CAUUCAAGAUGUCUGCGCCCAUCAAAUAUUUUUUGGCAGACGAUCCUCAGGUCUUAUUCAAGAUACUUAGAAUAAAAGGAUAAGAAUGAGUCAAUUUCUUUGAAUUUAAACAUAAUUCUCCCUUUAGACGUAAGAUUAUUUGUAACUAUUGAAAUGAGUUGUCGACUGUUAAUUCAACGUGUGCAGCUCUUGUAUUCUAUGAAGUCUCCCAGUCAUACAUGUAUUUGUGGAACUAUCAAUAGGAAAUUCCAUCUUGCUGGAGCAUUAAAUGGAUCUGCUCCUGUGAAAGGUAGAACCAAAACUUUUGAGGAAGCUCAACAGGAUCUUCAGAAGGCGGAGAAAAAAAUUGCAAAAAAGAAAAAGACAAAAGUAAAAGUGAUACCAAUUUACAGAAAUAUGACAGUGAGUCAAAUUGCCAGUCAAACUGGUAGGACUGUAGAUAAUAUUCUAGAUGCUAUGGAAUAUGCUAAUUCCAGACAAGCAUUUCGUGGAGGCAAGACAGAAAUCACUGAUGUGAAAGUUAUUCAGAAAACUCUAACAUUCCUUGGCUACAGAUCACGGAUUAUAGCUAAUCCAGAAAUGGUGGUAGCAAAGAAAGAAGAAAAUAGUAGAGAUAUUGAACCACAGCCCCCACCAGAUCCUAGUGUGUUGGUCAGACGUCCACCUAUAGUGACCAUUAUGGGACAUGUAGACCAUGGUAAAACAACAUUACUAGAUGCUCUCAGAAAUACUAAUGUUGUAGCUCAAGAAUUUGGAGGAAUAACACAACAUAUUGGUGCAUUCUCAGUAAAAAUGUCAUCUGGGAAUACAAUAUCCUUCUUAGAUACUCCAGGGCAUGCAGCAUUCUCUCACAUGAGGGCACGAGGGGCAUCCCUUACAGACAUAAUAAUAUUAGUGGUAGCAGCAGAUGACGGUUUAAUGCCUCAGACUGUGGAGUCCAUUCAACAUGCCAAAUCGGCUGAUGUUCCUUUAAUUGUUGCAAUAAAUAAAAUGGACAAGCAUACAGCUGAUGUUGAAGGCACAGAGCAAAUGUUGUUACAACAUGAUGUUAUACCAGAAAAGUUUGGAGGAGACGUACAAUGUGUUCCAAUAUCUGCUUUGAAGGGAACAAACCUGCAGCAAUUACAAGAGGCAGUGAUUACUCUAGCAGAACUGAUGGACCUUAAAGGUGAUCCUGUUGGUAAUGUGGAAGGCAGAGUGAUAGAAAGUAGAUUGGUAACAGGCAAAGGGAAAGUUGCUACAGUAAUUAUAGAAAGAGGCACACUGAAAAAAGGAAAUUUGCUUAUCGCAGGGACUUCUUAUGCAAAGGUACGUGGUAUAUAUUCUGACAAAGGAAGUCAGCUGAAGGAGGCUACAUUGUCUUCUCCUGUUGAAGUGACGGGUUGGAAAGAAUUUCCAUCAGCUGGGGACCAGGUAUUACAAGCACAGUCUGAGAAACAGAUAAAAGAGGCAAUAGAUUGGAGAAAUUCAUUAAAAAUGGAAGAGAAAAUGGAGACAGAUCAAGAAGCCAUCAAUGAAAAAAGAGAAAAACAUGAUGCAGAAUAUAAAAAACAAUUGCAAUUAAGACAAUCAUUAGGGAGACGAGAGUAUAAUUUUGUAUUAAAAACAAUUAAACCGAACAGAGCUAAAGAAAAGGAAGUUCAUCAUGAAGGACCAUCACUGUCUAUUGUAUUGAAAGGUGAUGUGGAUGGCUCUAUAGAUGCAAUACUCAACACACUAGAUACAUAUAAAUCACAGAUAUGUCGAUUAAGUGUUCUUCAUCAUGGAGUAGGUGAAGUAACCAUGAGUGAUAUAGACAAUGUAAAAUUGUUUGAUGGUGAAAUAUUUGCUUUUAAUGUGCCAGUCUCUGAAACUGUGAGGGAACAUGCCAAACUUAAUAAUGUUGUGAUACAUGAAGACAAUGUAAUAUAUAAACUGUUUGAUAAUCUAGUCGAUAGCUUGUCCAAAAGGUUGCCAUUGAGAGAGGAACAGGAAAUUAUGGGUGAAGCCACAGUAAUGGAUUCAUUUAAUGUAUCUUUUAAAAAGAAGCCAAUGAGAAUAGCAGGCUGUCGUGUUACAAGUGGAGUUCUUCAGAGAAAGCAUAAGUUUAGAAUAAUUAGGGAAGAGGAGGAAAUAUAUAAUGGUCCUAUUGUGUCUUUAAAACAUCAUAAAUCUGAAGUAGAAACAAUAAAACAGGACUCUGAGUGUGGAUUAUCUAUAUCAGACAAUGAAAUUAAAUUUGAAAGAGGAGAUGUGAUAAUCUGUUAUAGAAACUAUACAGCAGAACAAACGUUAGACUGGACGCCAGGAUUUUAAUAUAGAUAUGCAUUUAAUGUUGAUAAUUUGUCAUAAUUUAUAAAAAAUUUAAAUCUG